CAUGUUUUAUAGCUGAUUUGAAAGUUCUUCAGAACACUACGGAGCGUAUCAAGUGACUAUACUUUUUGACCACACUCGGCCGCAUUUUCGUUUGAGUGGACACAGAGUAUUGGAUUAAUACUUAGCCGCGGAUACUAACUUUUCACUUUAAUGCUAUUCACUUUGAUUAUUCACCUUUGUACAGAGGGAUUUAUUGUUACUUAAGAUGUGAGGCGUGAUGUUCCCGUGCAGGCGACAAGCGGCGCGGUCACGGCCGCUCCUCGUGCUGAUCGCGGCCGUCGCAUCCUUCUCCCUUCUCCUCAACAUCCACCUCGGCUACCACGGCAAUCUAGCGCUCCAUGGACCACGCCUCGUUACUUAUGACGUCAGCGAUAAUGAAGACACGCGAAAUCAAAAUGACGUCAUGAUUAAGGGAUUUUUCGAAUAUACCAGAGACGAAUACAAAUUUGCGGAAUCCGUUAUGCUUAGUGAUACCCAUAAUGGUGGAUUAGCCGACGAAAAGUUUGUGGGAGAAUCAUUUCCGAACCGACGGCGUUUAAACCAGCAGGAAUAUGUUCAGGCCGGUAACAAGGAGAGCCUGGUUGACCUCCGACACCGGAUAAACAAGCUGGAAAAAUCAAUCCGCACCCACAAGGCUGUAGCGGUGUUGGUACCCGAAGGCCUAAAUCUGCCGAACGUUUCCACAACGGCGGGCGGGAAACCAGGCGGGCUACAAUGGGUUGAUAGAAAGACGGUGGUCCAGGGUAACUGGUCCGUGACGCUGUGUCCCGAGGGUGACGCCUGCAUGCACAACUGUCCAGGGAAAGGAGAAAAGGUCCUGUGGGUCGGGCUGGGUGCGACAAGUAACCAGAGGGCGGCGGACGUUCUGUGUCGGCUAGCCAAAACAACCCGGAAAAAAACAGGUGAAGAUCUCCUCAACCUGUGUUCGAUUUAUGGCGGACUGCAUGACCACGAGAAGACAGCACCCCAAAACGACUCCCAUUUCGUUUUUAGAGUGCAACAUAGGCUUGAUCACCACACCUCAUGGCAACUGCCUGCACCACCGGUGCCCUUUAUGACUGGUCAUGUGAUCCGCAUGCGCGUGCUGGCGGCCCCGGGACCACUUCCGGUGUACUAUGUGCGGCCGCUUCUGGGGGUUGUGCCCGUGACGCGAGGAAAUAUUGCCACGGAGAAAUCUGCACAGGUGCCAGUUGAGGACGCCCUAGAGUGGGUGUCUGAAUCCCAAGGUCUGGGAGCUGUAUCGGGCUGGUGGCGCCGCCUUUUGGCCCUUAUCCAGCGCUCCAUCCGGGUCGUGCAGCAGGACGGCGCAGAAAUUGGACUGAUCUGCACGAGAACGUUCCGCUUGCUUGAUGUAGACGUCAUAUGUACUACACUGAACACCUGCUAUGUCAUUCAGAUGUAUGACAUACGGGAGAUUGACGUCUCCGUCCACGAGGUUUUGUUGGCUAUGACGUCAGACGUUGACGUUAAUGAUGACCUUUUUGCUGCACUGUCGGGUUCCGUUCUAGGUGACUUGCAGCCGGUGCCUGACGCGGAGCUCGCGUCCUUGAUCCAAAGACGACGGGAGAUGCGGUCCCUAGCGACGUGGAUAGCGCUUCCUCAGCGGACGGGUAGCGCGGUAUCGGAAGAGACACUGGUCAGGGUGUUGGAUCAUUUCAGCCGACAGGACCGGCGGGCGCGUUCCGAUAUACACUACAAUGCUGAGAUUUCUGUUACCAGUGAAGAAGACAUAUACCAGAAUGUCGACUACAGCGCCGUCAAGUGCAAUGAAGACAGCUCUGAUUGCGGCCAGAUAGACUCCAUACACACGGAGCCUCCGACAGAAGUCCAGGCGGUAUCCGCACGUGAAUAUUCCUUGCACGUGGACUUUGACGUUAUCGUAUUGCGCGUGCAUGUGUCGACACAAGGCUGCGCGUGCCGCGUUAUACUAGAAGAGAAGCACGGUAGUGCAGGACCCAGGAACAUCACUGUGGGACUGGGGGAAAACCGGGUGGCGAUUUACAUGGUGGACACGGGCGGCCCGGAGAUUAAAGUGGUCACCAUGAUUACACUGUACAUAUACCGACGACAGCGGGUAGUUGACGAGCUGGUUUCAACUAGACUAUGUGCUAUUAAGCAGGACUGCAGUAUGCGGUAUGACCCUGAGUCGAGUUGCGGUUAUUUCCCUUACACCGUCCAGGCACACAGGGCGCAGUGUCAGUCUGGUGAUGUGCCAGGUCAGUGGGUUGUACCAUGCGGCCACUGUGAGAAAGGGUCUGACUGCCAGUGGAGCCGCGCAGAAUGGCGACCAGAUGGCUGCAGCUACCAGAAGUUGCCUCCGCAGGCGCUCAGAGGCUGCCUCGCCGGCCGGACGCUCAUGUUCAUAGGAGACUCCACCAAUAGGGGCAUCGCGCACUACAUCAUAGAGCAGAUCAACGGCACAUUGACGGCAUUGGACAAGACACAUGGCAUCAAGACGUACAGUAACGUGAACGACAACCGGACGAAGGUGACGUUCGCUUACUAUCCACAUUUCUGGCUCCCGGCCGACCAUAGACCCUCCUUCAGGAAAGUUCUCUACCAGCUGAUCCGAAGUUCGUUACCAAUUGAGAACAGCACGGACACAGUGUUAGUGGUGGGUGGGGUACAGUGGCUCGCCCGACAACACAUAGAUCUCAUCAUAGAAUCUUUACAAAGGAAAGGGUUAUCUGGUAUCGAGGUUAUUGUAAAGGGCCUGGGCGCCGGAUUCCAUCAGCGUGUGGAGGCCAUGAGACACGUGCCGGCACGUGCACAUGAGGCGUUAGCGACCCGGGAGCGCGAGGUGCUGAGUCACGCGGCGCGGAGCGGCCUUCAAGUUGUAGCUACAUUCAAUAUGACGGCCACCAGGUACCGAGACUUCUUGGAGGGGAAAUGUGCCUGCCAUUUUCACAAGGUAACGCGUCUGAAGUCCGGUGCUGGCGGGUACACGGUACAGGGAGAGGUGAACGAGGCCUACUCCCAGAUACUCCUCAACCAGAUGUGCUAAUGUCCGUCCAAAAGUGCAAUUAUUUUUUGUUUAUUUUGUUACAUAUUUUUUCAAAUAAAUGUUAAAU